CUGGUCUGCAAACAAUUCGUAUAAACCAGUGUGAGAGAUCAUACGACAUGAUUACUGGCUGACCUCCCCUGGCUCAAUAGAGCUUCGUAGUUGGGUAUUUCAGGGGAAAAGGGAGAUCUUUUCCGUAGAUUGGUCCUGCUCGGAGGACCUACAAAGAGUGCGUGCUGUUUGCCACCGGCGGUGGCAAUCGGAAUCGACGAAGAGGCUUCGCUGGCAGCGAAAACAUGUUGGUCAGAAGACCGGCGGCAUUCUAGACGAUAAGAGACGUGAAGGCUCAGCAGCUACGGCUUGUAUUUUCUGGACGGUGGCGUGCGUCGAGUCGAAGUUCAAGUACAAGUUCGCAAUUCCGCGAAAAUCUUGUCCAGAAAAGGCAAUUCGGCGACUCCGGCCCGCACGAACAAUGGCAUCACAGGGUUGUCACAGACGCGCUCAUCGUCUCAGACAACGACGAGAUGCCCGAACAGCCAGGACGACGACCGCCGAGCAGCGCACCCGCCGACGAGCCUAAAGCCCGCGGCGCCAACAGGUCUACGAAGGUCGCAGGGAAGCUCAAGGUCCUCCCUGAGCAAGCCGACCUCAUCGCUGUCCCGAGCGCGGUAGCGAGGGCCGCGUCGACCGGGAGCGACGAGGAUGCCGACGCCGACGUCGAGGAGGAAGAUGACGAGGAGCAGGUUGACGCCGAUGAUGUCGAGGUUUACAACCAGCUGGCACUUAUUCCUCAAGGGACGGCCAGACGCGACGCGCAGAAACUCACAAAGAAGAAGGCGAAGUCUCUUCCCAGAGUUACUGCCUACGCGACCGCUGGUUCAUACCGUAUGUCCGACCUAAUGAAAUUCUUCAACGCGCGACGAACCGCCUACCAUACCAACCCUCGCAUGAUCGACGAGGUCCUGUAUACGACCUACGCGUACGAACCGACUACAUCUGACGACGGUCGCUCGAGUACCAAGAAUCAGUAUCAGGGUGCGCGUACUGGGGACCUUCUCGGUAUACCAGAGCUUCGUGAAGACGGCGAGGACGAGCCACAAGAGCGACCUCGCACUCCGAAAAGGAAGAAGAAGCCCUUCUUCGACGCUGCUGGUAACGAAGCAGAGAUCUUCCUCUUCCAGUACGGCACUGUUGUGCUGUGGGGCAUGUCAGAGCCUCAAGAAAGGCGUUUCUUGUCUACCUUGAAGAAGUUCGAAAUUGACAAGCUGCCGCCUCACGAAGUUGAAAUGGAAGACUUGAAUUUCUAUUACGCGAAUUACUCGCGGAUAUAUAACGAUGUCAUCACUUUGAGGCGUGGUUCGAGCUACAUGACAAAGUUGUCGCUAUCGCACGCGCUUUCGCAGUCCGUGAAGAUAUCCUUGUUCGAGGAGCGCAUAUCCAACGCCAUCGAGGACACCAAGGACAUCCCUGAGAUUAUCAGCGAGACCGGCAAGAUUGCUAUGCCUCACACCGACAUCAUGCAGAAAAUUGGACAGCUCUUCUUGCUCAGGAAUAACAUCAACUCUGUGGGCUCUGUCUUGGACUCGCCGGAAGUCUUCUGGACCUUCCCGGAUUUGCAGCCGCUGUACGACGCUGCACGCAGCUACCUUGAGAUACCCCAGCGUAUCAACCUCUUGAAUACCCGUGUGGAGGUCCUCCAAGACCUCCUGCAGCUCCUGAAGGAGUCCGUGUCCAGCCGACACGCCGAGCGCCUCGAGCAGGUCGUCAUCGCGCUCAUUGCGAUCGAGAUUGUGUUGGGGGUGAUUACGAUCCUGGUUGAUUUAUUGCUGUAGUGAACUCGCGGUUUCCUGUAGUGGAAUUACUAUACUAG